CCGACCCACGAGCCUUGCCGGCGCGGGCCGGCCAUGGGGGGCAGCCUGCGGGUGGCCGUUCUGGGCGCCCCAGGCGUGGGGAAGACGGCCAUCAUCCGCCAGUUCCUGUUCGGAGACUACCCCGAGCGCCACCGGCCCACGGACGGGCCGCGCCUCUACCGGCCCGCGGUGCUGCUCGACGGGGCCGUGUACGACCUGAGCAUUCGCGACGGCGACGGUGACGUCCCCGGCCCGAGCCCCGGGGGUGUCGAGGAGCGACCGGACCCCAAGGACUGGAGCCUGCAGGACACAGACGCCUUUGUGCUGGUCUAUGACAUCUGCAGCCCGGACAGUUUCGACUACGUGAAGGCCCUGCGACAGCGGAUCGCCGAGACCAGGCCGGCAGGAGCGCCCGAGGCGCCCAUCCUCGUGGUGGGCAACAAGCGGGACCGGCAGCGGCUGCGCUUCGGCCCCCGGCGCGCGCUGGCCGCCCUGGUGCGCAGGGGCUGGCGCUGCGGCUACCUCGAGUGCUCGGCCAAGUACAACUGGCACGUGCUGCGGCUCUUCCGCGAGCUGCUGCGCUGCGCCCUGGUGCGCGCGCGCCCCGCACACCCGGCCCUGCGCCUGCAGGGGGCGCUGCACCCGGCGCGCUGCAGCCUCAUGUGACCGGCCGACUGG